CGGGGUCGCUUCGUUCUCCAUUACAGUACUUGGUGGCGGAGCGGUCCUGCGUGUGGGUCGUGUGAUGAUGGAGCUUCGCCUGGCCAGAUAAAUGUGAUUUCUUUCAUUGCCAUACAAUGAUAUCAGAAGAAACGGUUGCCAGUCUUGAAAAAGACUAUAAUGAACUUGAAGAAAAACAAAAGUGGCAAAUGUUGUACCAUGAGAUCCGCAUGGACGCGCAGCAGUUCAACUUCACCUACAAGGACGCCAAGCUGGUGGAGAACCGGCCGCUGAACCGGUACAGGGACGUCAACCCGUACGACCACACGCGCAUCCGGCUGUCGCGCGGCCCGGCCGACUACAUCAACGCCAGCCUGGUGGAGGUGCCGGCGGCGCGGCGGCGCUACAUCCUGACGCAGGGCCCGCUGCCCAACACCACCGGCCACUUCUGGCUGCUCGUCUGGGAGCAGCGCUCGCGCGCCAUCAUCAUGCUCAACAAGACGAUCGAGAAGAACCAGAUCAAGUGUCACCAGUACUGGCCGCUGGGCGGCGGGCCGGAGGAUCGGCUUCAGAUGGACGACGUCGGCCUGACGGUGGAGCUCGUCAGCCAGACCGACUGCAGCUACUACACCGUGUCGGCGCUCAAGCUGACGGACCGGGCCAGCGGUGAGCAGCGGGAGGUGCUGCACUACCACUACACCACGUGGCCCGACUUCGGCAUCCCGCAGUCGCCGCACGCGUUCCUCAUGUUCCUGUCGGCGGUGCGCGACGCCGGCGUGCUGGAGGAGGACGCCGGCCCGGCCGUGGUGCACUGCUCGGCCGGCAUCGGCCGCAGUGGCACCUUCAGCCUCGUCGACAGCUACCUGCUCAUGCUGGAGCACGGCUGUGUGGACGGCCAGACCAUACAGAGCGUGCUGCUGGACAUGCGCCGCUACCGGAUGGGUCUGAUCCAGACCCACGAGCAGCUCAAGUUCUCCUACCAGGCGAUCGUCGAGGGCGCCAGGUCUUUGCUCAAACACAACGCUCUGUGUGACCUGACGAACGGUAGCAACAGCUCGCCGCAGAAGCGGAAGCUGCCGUCUGAGGAUGAGUCUGGCGACGAGACGCCGCCGCCGCCGCCGCCCCGCACCGAGUCACUCAACAGGUCACCGCCGGCCGACCUGCGCUCGCCCGACAUCUACAACGAGGAGAACCUAUCCGACUCGUCCGAAGAGGAGACGCCCCAGCUGCCGCCGCGCCCCAACGCCUGCCGACCGGCCGACACCGGCGUCGCCCCCCGGCUCACCCACCUCAUCGACGCGCCACUCUUGAACGACGGGAGCAGCGGUCUGCGCCAGCGCCGCGUGCGCAAGGCCCAGCUGGAACAGCGCGUCGAGGAGAUGCGGCGUCGGCAGCUGGAGCACGAGCUGUGGCAGCGGCGCAAGCAGCAGCUGCGGCCGCUGGGCUACACGGCCGCCGCGCUGGGCGGCGCUCUGCUCGUCUACCUGAUGUGGUCGCGCUGGUUGUAGCCGGCUCGCGGGGCCGAGCGAGCCGGCGGGCGUGCGCGGCCGGAGCGUCGGCGGCCGGCCGGGCGGCGCGCCCUCUCGCGGUGGCGCAGUACAAACGGCCGUCCGCCCACCGCCGCCCCGUACUCAGCCGGCGCGACGACGCCGCCCGGUCCGCCCGCACACCGCUGUCUCCAUAGGCGCUCCGGGGAGGGGAGGGGGAGAAAUCGUGCCAAUUGGUCCGCGCGCGGCGCGGCGCGGCGCGGCUCUGAGCGCGACGUCGCGGGCGGCGUGUCUGACCGAGCGACGGGCAGACUGCCUGCGCACGCGCGCGCGGCGUCAGGUGGCGUGCGGCGCCGAGUGAGAGCGUGAGUGUCGGCCGCGGCCGCUGUCCCGGGCAUUAGCAGCCCUCAG